AAUCAUCCACAGAUGAGUCACGGUUGUGACGCACACAGGAUUAAAUUGAUGUUUUUCCGGAGAGCGACUCAACGUUGGAUUUACGCAAGAUUUAGUAAUUAGUCCGAAUUGUAGAGUGCACAGAUUGAACAAGCAAAGCCUCCUGUCAUUUUCUCAGGGCCUACCUGCUGUUUCACGACUGCCGAUGUGAGGAAAAUGUGCCUGAGUGGAUGCAGAUCCAGAUGUGAGGAGGUGGAACAUGUGCUGGCUCUGCCCCGAGGCCACUGAUGCCACAAUUAGGUGCUCCCUCACCUCUGCAGAGUUGGGUCUGCGGGCCACUGAGGUCAGGGGUUAUUCAGGGUCCUGCCUGCGCUCUCAUCCUAACCCAGAAGAGUCAGACAGCUGAUGUCAGGCGUGGUAACCGAGGAGUUAGCGCGUGAACUCAAAAUGCAGGUUCAUUUGGUGGGCGACAUUCUUAGGAUCUGUUUUAUGGUUUGUCUGUUGAAAUGUGUUGCAAUGCCACUUCUGGGAUUCUUGCAGGAAAUUCUAUUUAUUCUUUAAAUCCCGUCAAUAUUUAGCUCGAAAGUCACCAGGUCAAAUUUAAUGGCAACAAUCCAUUGCCAAAAGGAAAAAAAAGACAAAAAAAUGUCAUUGUGAGUCCUCAUUUGACGAUGAUCAGAGGUAAAGAUGCGACAAACAAUGAAUGCAGGUUUGUAUUUCCACUAGGAUGCAGCCACACUGACGUUUCAGGAAAAUCUGGAACCCAUAAAGCUUCAGACAUCUCUGCAGCAUUAGAUACUGCACUUCUUAUUGGCUGGGAGCGCCACUUACCCCCUUCCUCCAUCGCCCGCCCAACUAUUGCAAACUUCCUGCCUUCUUAGCAGUCCGAGGCUCAACCGCACCUUCUGGAAGUCCUCGGAGCCAAUGAGAAGUGCCCGUAGGAUCUGGGUUAGCGUUUGGCUAUAAAAGAUGUGGAGGUUGGCGUGCCUGUCAGAUGGUUUGUUGUUGUUCUGUCUGGCAGGCUGAAGAGGGGAAUGUGAAAAGGAGAAGUUUAACAAGGUAACUGGACGACCCGGCCGCUGAUCCGAUGGAGCUUCAGCAGCCGUAACUUUGUCGAAAGCAAAGACUUUUUUUAUAGAAGUUGUCAGAGAACGUGAAGCCAGAAGCAGCCACGCAGACUCCUGCUGUCGUGGAGGAGGCUGGAAGGUGGUCAUGAGAGAAGAGGUGUCCUGCACCAACUCCCCUGAAGGAGGGAUGGGGGCCAGCGAAGAGGAGCUGGAGAGAGGAUCCAAAAAGUCCCUCCAACAAGGAAACCGAAAGCGCUCUCCUUAUCCCAAGAAGGAGAGCCUGAGUCAGGCAGAGGAGAGCUGCACGGGCAGCCCCAGCAGCCUGCUGCCGAGCGGGCCGAAGAGGCUCAAGAAAAGCCCGUCGGCGGUCGUGACGCUGGCCCCCACGUCUUUGGGUCCCAGGUCUGAGCCCCCUUUUGAGGAACUCCACUCUCAGCGGGUUAUCGCCAACGUGAGGGAGCGCCAGCGUACCCAGUCGUUGAACGACGCCUUUGCCUCUCUCCGCAAAAUCAUCCCCACGCUGCCUUCAGACAAGCUGAGCAAGAUCCAGAUCCUCAAGCUGGCGUCUCGCUACAUUGACUUCCUGUACCAGGUGCUGCAGAGCGACGAGAUGGACGCCAAGCUGGCCAGCUGCAACUACCUGGCCCACGAGAGACUCAGCUACGCUUUCUCCGUCUGGAGGAUGGAGGGUGCCUGGGCCAUGUCCACCAGCCAUUAGGACCCCCCCUGAGCAUCUCAGACUCCCUCUUGUGUCCACAUUUCAAUCCUUCUCCCUCCCCAACCUUGUCUGUGUUUGCAUCCAUUUCCUGACCUCUGACCCUGUGACUUCUCGGCUCACGGUCUGAUCUUAACCCUUUCAUCUCAAACCUCUGCAGACAUUUGUUCUGCGGUGCUUUGCUGCACGGCCUCCUUUAAAUGCUUUCCUCAUGCAUGUAUGCUGUUGCUGCCUGGCUCCCCUUUCCCUGCACUCUUUCCACUUUUCUGCCAUGACAAUCCCACUGAUUUAUCAAGAGCAGCAAGUCACCUCACCUCAGCCCCUCAGACAAACGGAUAAAAAGGGAAAUUCUCCAAACUUGAAGAACCUCACUCCCGUCUCGCUACACCGUCUCCCCAUUUCUUUCCUCUGUUGGACGUGUGCUUGACUCAUGACGAUGAUGCAGCCACACGGCCUCCGCCUCCUGAGACUCAGUGGAGAUUGUGAAAGCAGAGAACUUCUGAACAAGGAACAAAAAAUAGAAAAAAAAAUGAAAAAACAAACAGCUGGCCUGCGGUGACAAUGGAACAAAGUGGCUGCUGGUUCGAGUGCCCUCAGUGACAUCAGGACAACCGUCACCACCCGUCUCCCCUCCAGAGAUGACUCCCUGCCUGACAGACAUUAAGAUGAUUAAUGAGAACGGCACCGUGAUGGUUGGAGGGCGGUCACAGCCAAUGAAUGUUUACAGCUAAAAUGCUAAUAAGCUAAUCACUCUGGCUCUAAAGUAAAGACGAAGAGCUCGAGGAAUCUGAGCUUCAACUUUGUUGUGCUGCAGCAACUGGAUGACGUUUUGUGUAUUUUUGAAGUAUAUAUUUCUGUUUGGAAUAUCGUUAACACCCCAUGUUACUCUGCUUUCAAGACAAAAAUCGAUCAAAGGUCUGUGCUUUAUCAAUUAGCAGCUUAAAACCUAUGAAGCAAAAAGAGUAAACAGACUGAUAACAUGCAAAGUUGAUCUGAUUUUUUUUUUUUUGUAACUGGUUGAUUCCUUUUGUACUAUUUUCCAUUCGCUUGUCUCGUGUCAUCUCCUUUGGACAAUAAAAAUGUACUCACUGGUGUA